AUGAAAUCAGGUAACGCUCAUACGCCUGGAAUAAUACAUAUGCUUACGCACAUGGAGCAAUGUUCUGAUAUAAUAACACCUAAUGGAGAAGAUGCGGCAAUGGAGGCUCCUCCGGUAGCUGCUGCUGCUGCUACAGUGCCAAUAGAACCAAGAACAAUUGCUGCUCCGCAAGCAACUAAACAGCCUCCACAGAGAAAUCCUAUGGCUUCCACUUCUUGA